UCCGCCUUUUUAGAACGGGAUCUGCGGCGUGGAUCGCGUUCAGUUCACGAAUCGUCUUUCAUCUGUGUGUAGUGUUUAGUGUUUUUACACAACACAGUCAAAAUGCCUCCUAAAUUCGAUCCCACUGAAAUUAAGAAAGUUUAUUUACGAUGCGUUGGUGGUGAAGUAGGUGCAACUUCAUCUCUCGCUCCAAAAAUUGGUCCUCUUGGUUUAUCGCCGAAAAAAGUUGGAGAUGAUAUUGCCAAAGCUACAAGUGACUGGAAAGGUUUGAAGAUUACAGUGCAGUUGACUAUUCAAAACAGACAGGCUACUAUUUCGGUAGUCCCAUCUGCUGCUUCUUUAAUCAUUAAGGCUCUGAAAGAGCCUCCAAGGGAUCGCAAGAGGCAGAAGAAUAUUAAGCACAGUGGAAACCUACCGUUCGACGAUAUUGUAGCCAUUGCCAGAACAAUGAGGCCAAGAUCUAUGUCAAAAUAUCUUAGCGGUACUGUUAAGGAAAUCCUUGGAACGUGCCAGUCAGUAGGUUGUACAGUGGAAGGCAGACCACCACAUGACCUCAUUGAUGACAUUAAUACUGAAGCAUUACAAGUUCCUGAUGAAUGAAUAUGAUUUUUUAUAAGGAGCAAAAAAUAAAACUGUUU